CGGGCCUGCCGGGGCGGGGCCUGGGAGGCGGAGAAAGCCGCGGCCGCCCGGAGCCCAGUCGCGUGUUCCCAGCCCCCGGAAGUGGCCGUUGUAAACUUCACCUCGCCGACUUUCUCCAUCCUGGUCCUAGAGUCCAUCGGCUUUCCUCAGUUGUCACUCCUUCUCCCGAGGGCUGCCUGGCCUUCCACCCUAGACCUGAAGCUGCCCGGGGGUCGUGGGUGUGCAGGCGGGACCACUCGAGCCCGAGACUUUAGUCCAUCUAACCUGUAAGUCACAGACAUCAUCAUAAAGAAGUAUAUCAUUAAGAAACAGUGGGCUAUUGUGAAAACUUGGAAGACUUACCAUGAAUUUAAACACUUCAAGUAAUGCCACUACUGGGGAUACCCAAAGGUUGAAAAAUGCCUCAUUGGAUGUAAAGCAAAUGCUUAAAAAUGAAACCGAGUCAGACAUCACUGCUGAUCUCAGGAAGAAACUCCAUCGGGCUAAGAAGGAGAAACUAGAAAUGACGACGAAGCACAACACAGAGCUGUCAAGCUACGAGAGCCAGAUUGCCAGGCUGCGAUCUGAGGUGGAGAAGGGGGAAGCGCUGCGACAGCGUCUGGAGUAUGACCUGGCUGUCGCUAGGAAGGAGGCUGGUCUGGGAAGACGGGCGGCUGAGGAGAGACUGGCCGAGGCACAGAGGACCCAGGAGAAACUCUAUGCUCAGAAUUCAGAACUUCAAGAAAAGGCAAAUGAAAUUGAGAAAACAUUUCAGACUUCCCAAGAGAAAUGGAAAGAAGAAUGCAGGAGAUUUGAGCGUGAUUUGGAGGAAAGAGAUAAUAUAAUUCAAAAUUGCAAUCAAGAAUAUGAGUUACUUAUGCAGGAAAAAAGCAGGCUACAAAAAACUCUACAGGAAGCACUGGAGAAACAUCAGCAAGAGAAGAAUGAGAUGGAGUCUCACGUCAGGGAGACUGCAUUGGAGGAGUUUAGAUUACAAGCAGAGCAAUGGGAAGCAGAGCGAGGAGAGUUACAGCUCAUAGUACAGGAGCAAGAUAGUGCUGUGAAAAAUAUGCAGAAAAAAGUGGAACAGUUGGAAGCCGAGCAUAUGGACUGCUCUGACCUUCUGCGGCGACAAACGAGUGAGCUUGAGUUUAGCACUCAGAGGGAAGAACGCCUGAGGAAAGAAUUUGAGGCAACUACUCUAAGAGUGAGGAAGUUAGAAGAGAACAUUGAAGCAGAAAGAGCAGCACAUUUGGAAUCAAAAUUUAAUUCUGAAAUUAUUCAGUUACGGAUUCGAGACCUUGAAGGAGCUUUACAAGUAGAAAAAGCCAGCCAAGCAGAGGCUGUUGCUGAUCUGGAAAUGAUUAAGAAUGAAUUUAAAGAAGUUGAAAGUGCAUAUGAACGAGAAAAACAUAAUGCACAAGAAAGCUUAACAAAACUGAAUUUAUUAGAAAGAGAGUAUUUCUCCAAAAACAAGAAACUAAGUGAAGAGAUCGACGAACAGAAGAAAGUAAUUAUAGAUCUUUCAAAGAGACUCCAAUAUAAUGAAAAAAGUUACAGUGAGUUACAAGAGGAACUUGUAAUGGCUAAGAAGCACCAGGCCUUCCUAGUAGAGACAUGUGAAAAUAACGUGAAAGAAUUGGAAUCGGUCUUGGACAGCUUUACUGUGUCAGCCCAGUGGCCAUCAGGCAUCCACAAGGACAAAGAUAAGCCUCCCAGCUUCUCUGUUGUCCUUGAGACUUUGAGGCGGACCUUGACAGAUUACCAGAACAAGCUGGAAGAUGCUUCUAAUGAGCUGAGCAGUGUAAAUGAUGCCAAGGAAAAGACGUCCAAUGAACUCGAUUCUACCAAACAGAAGAUCGAGUGUCACACUAAAAAUAUAAAGGAACUUCAGGACAAACUGACCGAGGGCCAUAAGGAGCUGAGUCAUCUCCGCACCAAGUGUGCGGACCGCGAGGCCCUCAUAAGCACGCUGAAGGUGGAGCUGCAGAACGUCCUGCAUUGCUGGGAGAAGGAGAAAGCGCGGGCAGCGCAGUGCGAGAGCGAGCUGCAGAAGGUGUCCCAGGCCUUUCAGAAGGAGACUGAGGAGAAGCUAACCUUCCUUCACACCUUGUAUCAGCACUUGGUAGCAGGCUGUGUGCUCAUAAAACAACCAGAAGGCAUGCUGGAUAAAUUCUCUUGGUCUGAGCUUUGUGCAGUCUUGCAGGAGAAUGUUGAUGCCCUCAUCGCAGACCUCAACAGGGCUAAUGAGAAGAUAAGUCACCUGGAGUAUAUCUGUAAAAACAAAUCCGAUACAAUGAGAGAGCUUCAGCAGGCCCAGGAAGACACCUUCAGCAAAGUGGCGGGACAGAUCAAGGCCCAAGAGAGCUGUUGGCACAAGCAAAAGAAGGAGCUGGAAUUCCAGUAUUCUGAGCUUCUCCUGGAGGUGCAGAGGAGGGCACAGAAAUUUCAAGAAAUUGCAGAGAAAAACAUGGAAAAAUUGAACCGUAUUGAGAACUCACAUGAACAACUGGUUCUUGAGAAUUCACAUUUCAAAAAUGCAUUGGCCAAGACUCAGAGGGAACAGACGUGCUUGCUGGCGGCAUGUGCGCUGAUGGCUGGAGCAUUGUAUCCCCUCUACAGCAGGUCAUGUGCCUUAUCCACACAGAGAGACUUUCUCCAGGAGCAAGUCAACAGCUUGGAAUUGUUCAAACUGGAAAUUAGAACUCUAGCCCAGGCAUUGGCAGCAGUAGAUGAGAAGAAACAAGAAGAAGCCAAACCAAAGAAAAAAUCGUUCAAAGGACUGAUUCGUGUGUUCCGGAAAGGUGCGAUUGCCAUUUUGGCAGCAAACAGACUCAAGAUCUUGGGCCAAUCCUGUGCCUCUCUUUUUACCUGGAUGGAAAGCUGUAAAGAAGGCAUAGGCGUGCUGGUGUAUACGGGAGAGCCCAAAGACAAGCGCAAAUUUCCAAAGCAUCAAAGGGAGCAGUUACGUUGUUUACAAGCACUCACUUGGUUUACCAGUUCUGACCUUCUUGCUGGGAUUGUCAGUUCUAUGGUCGAGCUGCAAGACGUCAUUAGUAAAACAGAUCCAAAUUCCAGAAUUUGUGGACAUUUACUCAUAGGUGCAGCCAAGAGUUCUUUUGCAAAACUAAUGGAUAAAAUUAGUUUGGCAAUGGAAAGCAUACCUCUGCGUAGCAGCCGGAGCAUAACAUAUGUAGAAAAAGAUUCCCUGGUUCAGAGGCUGGCCCGUGGACUUCACAAAGUGAACACACUGGCCCUGAAGUGUGGUUUGCGCAGCCAUGUGCCCAUUAUGAAAAGUACUGCAUCAUUACAAAAGCAGAUAUUUGGAUUUACCCAAAGGCUGCACGCAGCUGAGGUAGAGCGCCGCUCACUGCGCCUCGAGGUCACAGAGUACAGACGGUCCCUGAAUGAAAUGAAGAAGGAGCUGGACAAGUCACAGAACCUGCAGAUGCAAUUAAAUGAGUUCAAGCACUCUAAACUGAUCACCCACGAGAAGUUUGAAAGUGCAUGUGAAGAACUAAAUAAUGCGUUACUUCGGGAACAGCAGGCACAAAUGCUGUUGAACGAACAGGCCCAGCAACUACAGGAGCUGAAUUACAGACUUGAGUUGCACUCCAGCGAGGAAGCUGACAAAAACCAGACUCUCGGAGAAGCUGUUAAGAGUCUCUCCGAGGCAAAGAUGGAGCUGAGAAGGAAAGAUCAAUCUCUACGUCAGCUCAAUAGACAUCUUACCCAGCUGGAGCAGGACAAGCGUCGACUGGAGGAGAACAUCCAUGAUGCCGAGAGUGCCCUCCGCAUGGCAGCCAAAGACAAAGAAUGUGUUGCUAAUCACAUGAGAACAGUAGAAAACAUGCUUCAUAAGGUCAGAGAUCAGAUCUCGCUGUCACGGACUGCAGCAAGUAGGAAUGACUUCACCCUGCAGCUACCCAAACUGCACCUGGAGACCUUUGCAAUGGAGGGGCUCAAGGGUGGGCCAGAGGUUGUAGCAUGCCAGGCCAUGAUUAAAAGUUUCUUGGAUGUCUACCAGCUUGCAAGUGCUAGAAUCUCUACAUUAGAGAAGGAAAUGACGUCGCACCGAAAUCACAUUGCAACUCUGAAAUCCGAGCUCCACACAGCUUGUCUAAGAGAGAAUGAAAGUUUACAAUCAACAGGAUCCCGAGACCAUUCCAAUGUCUCCAUCCCUUCCAGACCUGUUCUCCCUGGGAAUACAGUUGGGGACUUCCUUCCACUGCAAGCAGAACUUGAUACAACCUACACUUUUUUAAAGGAGACAUUCAUAAAUACAGCACCCCAUUCUCUGACGUCAUCCCAGUCCUCUCCAGUGAUCCCUGCUAAUGCCAAAAGACCAUCUCAGAUUGGAUUAUGACUUUAUGAAAUAAAAUAAUGGAGGACAAGUUAAUUAUACAAUUAAAAUUGUUUUGAAGGGGGAUUUUCUUGAGUUUUGUUUAAUGCAAGUGAGGGUGGGCUUUUGAAAAUUGUGUAAUAUCUUGAUGUGUACAGGGAUCUCUGUCUCCUUAAAUAAUGAAAUCACCCACUUUUCCUCUCUAAGUUUUAUUUAUUAUCACAGUUGCUCAUUUUUAUGUAACAUAUUUUUAAAUGUUAAAGAAUGACACAUUUUGGGUAAUUUCCCUCAGACUUAAAAAAAUCAAUAAGCCAUUUUAGUCUCUAUCUAUCAAAGUUGUUUCAUACUUGUCUAUUUUAAAGCAAGGCUGCAAUACUUUAAUAGGAUUGAGAGAGCUAUUUGAAAUGUAUGCCAAUGAUUCCUGUCAUUUCAUGGCAGCCCUGCCAUGGUUCACUGAGCCCCUCUUCUCUCCUGUCAGCUCGACUGAAGACAAGCAUUUAGUUGCAAACUUUAAGCAGGUUGUGCAAAACAGAAAUGAUGUGAGUGCUUCUCCUCCUGCACAAUAAUGUCACUCCUGGUCAAUGUGAGAAGGUCAGGUUGCUCCUUGUAAAGCUACAUGAUACCACUUGCCCAUUUGAACAAGUUAAGUUAACUGCUGAAUCUGGUCCCUGUAGGCAUU